GUCUGAAUAAGAUAAAGUUAUCAAUUAUUUCCCCAUCCAGAUCUAUGAAAAAUAUUAUAAGAUUGAAAUAAUAUUCUUUCGAUAUGAAAAAUGUUUUUUUGAAGAAUGUUUGUCUGAUCUUUGCACUGAUCUUUUACCAUAUAAAGAUUGUCUCUUCGGCCCUACUAAAUAUAAAUAACAUUGAUAAUUCAAAAUUCAAGGUAGUAAAAAUUGUUGAUGGAUUUGUGAUUAAGGUGAUGAUAUACCCAACUGCAGAUAAUCCAAUAAAUGAAGUAUGUAAAAAUUCCAAAAUUAUUUGGGAGGUUCAUCCGGGUGAGAAGAUAAAAUGUGUUACUCAUAUUACAUCUAAAUUAUGUGAUGCACAACUUAUGGUCAUCGACGUUGAAAAUCCAGAAAAAAAAUAUACGAUAUAUUUUAGAAAAUACUAUCUACAUUUUAGAGUUAUCAACGAAAAUACGUUUGACAAAAUGUUAAAAAAAAUUGUUAGAUCUUCAGUUAGGAAAAUUAGAAAACAUGGAGAUCCUAAUAUUGAUAAAGAUAAAAAUCGUAGAAAACGUAAACUUAAAGAUGAAGUUGAUCACAAAGCUAGGAAAAUUAAAAAAAGAGAAAUUACUGAAAAAUCAGAUCCAAUCGAAGCUACUCAAUCCACAACAUCUCAACCAUUAGAACCUGUAACCACUCAGGUGGUAAUAUCAUCCGAUGAAGAUGAAUCUACUGAUUCAGCAUCUGAAGAGCUAACUGAGGAACAAAAGAAACAACAGAGAAAGGACUUAAUGGAGAGUUUAAAAAAGAAAAUUCAACAGAGAAUUGAAGACAAAUCUAAGGAAAGUGAGUCUAAAGCAUUAGAACCCGAAACCAUUCAAUUUGAAGUGUCAUCAGAUGAAGAAGAAGCGGAUGAGCCAACUUCAAAAGGUGAUGAUUAUGAUAAGGAAGAACCCCCAUCUGAUAGUAAAGACAAAAGAGAUCCUUCAACUCUUCCACUUAAGAAAAGACCAUAUAAACCUGAAUAA